AUGCGCGUUGUGCCGCACACCAGCUGUCACCCGCAGAAGUCAUACAUCAUCACAGGGGGGCUAGGUGGCGUCGGACUAGAGCUGUGUCAGUGGCUGAUCGAGCAUGGGGCUCAGAAUGUCGUCCUCACCAGCCGAUCCGGCGUGAAGACAGGUUUGUACGGAUUGCCGAGACGGAGUGGAAAACUGAAAGACAUUACCAAGUUUGAUGCGGCCUUCUUUGGGAUUAGUGAAAAGCAAGCUGUAUGCAUGGAUCCACAAACCAGAAUUCUGCUGGAAGUUACUUAUGAGGCUAUCGUUGAUGCAGGUUACAACCCGCAGGAGCUGAGGGGCAGCAGGACGGGUGUGUUCGUGGGCGUGUCAUUGAGCGAAGCCAGUGAUGCAUGGAGCUUGGAUCCGGAGACUGUGUCAGGUUACACGAUGACUGGCUGCCAGAGGGCGAUGGUGUCAAACAGACUCUCCUUCUGUUUUGACUUCAAGGGUCCCAGCUAUACGAUCGACACUGCAUGCUCCUCCAGUCUGUACGCCGUGGACAAUGCUGUAGCCGCUAUCAGAAGCGGCCAGUGCGACUCUGUUAUAGUCGGUGGAGUCCACCUGAACCUGAAGCCACAGAAUGCACUCCAGUUUGAUAGGUUGGGAAUGCUGUCACCAGAUGGCGUGUGCAAGUCUUUCGAUGCAGCCGGCAAUGGCUACUGCAGGGCAGAGGGCGCUGUAGUAGUUCUGUUACAGAAGAGAGCCUCAGCGAGGAGGAUCUAUCUAACUAUUGUUCAUUCCAAGUCUAACACAGACGGGUUUAAGGAACAAGGCAUUACGUUCCCGGCCGGCGCGAUGCAGAAGCAGCUGCUGCAGGAAGUCUAUGGUGAGGCGGGAGUUGACCCCGCGAAGGUCGCAUACGUAGAAGCUCACGGCACCGGCACUAAGGUCGGCGAUCCACAGGAGCUCAACGCUGUCACCGACGUCUUCUGCAAGGGUCGCCAGGGGGCACUGCCGAUCGGCUCGGUGAAGUCCAACAUGGGGCACGCCGAGCCUGCUUCAGAGCCUGUUGCUGCACGGCUUACUAUAAUGUAA